UGCUGAUAUGCACAUAUGGAUUAAGAGAAAAAAUAAUGAGAAAGGAGUAUUUUUAGAGAUUCAUGCAGAGAAGAAAGAAAGUUAUACCCAGCUUACGUUGAGAUUUUUGAGAGGGCUUCAUAACGCUCAAGUCUUAAAAUUAAACAGUUCCUUCUUCGAGGCAUUAGGUGGAUCUCCUGAUAUAUUGGAGAGUCAGAAACUUGAGUUUCGUUAUCUACACCUUUUGAAGCUCUCGGUGGGCCUUUCAAGGGACUCCAUGCGUACAAUAUUUUACAUAUUAAAGAUUUCUCCUAAUAUAGAGUCUCUCUACAUGAGAUUAGGACCAGAGGAUUCCCUCGAUAUUUCAGUGCAUCCAUUUUGCGAUAAGGUAAAGUUAAAUUCGGAAAACAUAGGAGGAUUGGCUUUGCCAGACAUGGCAUAUCACCUAAAGUUUGUCGAGAUUAAAUAUCUCAAAGGAAGUGUCAAUGAACUGAAGUUGCUAGCAGAUUUGUUGAAGCAUGCCACGGUCUUGGAGAAAGUGGUAUUGUGCAGCUUUUCUACCAAGGAAGAAUUGAAACAGAAAGAGAAAGAAAUGGAGAAAUUUUACGAGCUGCUUCUAACAUUUCCUAAAGCUUCUACAAAUGUCAUGAUAUCAUACUCAGUUUCUGAGGACACGACUUUUUCCACUGAAUGAUGACUGACCACGAAACGAGACCCUAAAGAUACCAGAUUCCAGAUUUUUAUAGAUGAUAUCUCUUAAUUUCUUUGCCUUAGCUCUGGUAAUUUCUCAAUUACGCCGGUUCAUGUUUCGGUAUACCUUCUGAAGUUCUAGUGCUGUUAGUUUAUUUGUCUAUGCCGAUGUAAAUCAGCAAUUCUAUAAACUGAA